AUGGCCAAAGCAGAAGAUCAUAAUGAAUGGAAUCCUCGUUUGAUUGAGAACACAUGCGAUGAACCUGAACUUUAUCUACAACCGCUCGAAGAUUAUCAAGAGUCAAAGCUCGUUUCUCUCGAGGAAGCUAUUGAACCAAUAAAGGUACUGUUUCUUAAUUUGUCUCGUGAUGUUUGGAUCGCGAAGAAUGCAUCGAAGAAUCCAGCCGAUGGUCUUCCUCCUGACGAAUCGGCUGCUAUUUGUCUUUAUACCAUGGAAGUAAAUUCUCGAGGUCUAUAUUCAAUUCUGAAUGAAAUGUUGCGCGAUAGAGAUCGGCAAAAGCUCAGACCAUGGUUCUCAUAUCUCAAACUAUUUAUUACUGCUCUCUUUAAAAUACAGCCAUGCUCAGCUAAGGUGAUCUAUCGCGGUGUCAAGGCUGAUCUUCAUUCAAAAUAUCGUCCUGGUGAGCGUUAUAUAUGGUGGGCAUUUUCUUCGUGUACUCUAUCGCUUGCAGUGCUGAAGAAACCUAUGUAUUUGGGUGAGACAGGACCAAGAACUCUCUUUAACAUUGAAUGUACGAAUGGAAAAUCUAUUAAAUCGCAUUCAUAUUACAAGAAUGAAGAUGAAAUAUUGCUCUUACCUGGAUUCUAUUUUGAAGUUGUGAGCCAAGUCGAAGCUGGUAAUGACUUGUACAUUAUACAUUUGCGCGAACUGUCUCCUCCUUAUGUUCUUCUUGGAUCGCCAUUUACGAACGUUCCAUGUACUGUGUCACCUGAAGCAAGUGCUCAGAAAGGUAAAAAUCUAUAG